GCAUUGUGAGGAGAGAAGUGUAAGGAAGUAAAUUAGUAGGCCCACAGUAAGCCCGAUAACAUUCUUUGCGGGUUUAUGCUACGAACUCCGAAGCUUCGUGAGGAAAAUAAUAAGAAUGUAAAUUAAUAAUUUACAAGGUAAAUAUGAAAAUAUAGGCCCAAACUGUUAAUGGGCUUUUAAACCCAAUAUAACUAUUUCUGUAGAUUUUCUGGUAUAGCUCGUUUUAGAGUAUUUAAUUGCGAUACAAGUUACACAGCUUUUAUAACCAUAACCAUGGAAACGUCACCAAGUAUCUUCCUCCGUCCGUUUGAUCUCUCAGACGCCGAAGACGUUCUUAAAUGGGCCGGUGAUGAUGACGUCACACGUUACCUUCGAUGGACCUCCGUUAAAACCGUGGAAGAAGCCCGACAACACAUCCUUCAAACGGCCAUACCACACCCGUGGCGCCGUUCCAUUUGUCUUCUCAAAGACGGCCGUUCGAUAGGUUGCGUCUCCGUCAGGCCUGAUACUGGCGAUGGUAGGUGCCGAGCUGACCUUGGAUACGCCGUCUCUAGACAGUUUUGGGGACGGGGGAUAGCCACGGCGGCGGUGAGGAUGGCCGUGGAACAAGCUUUUGAGAUUUUUCCGGACGUGGUGAGGCUACAAGCGGUGGUUGAGGUGGAGAAUGAAGCGUCUCGGAAAGUUUUGGAGAAAGCUGGGUUUGAAAAGGAGGGUUUGCUUAAAAAGUAUGGUUUUUGCAAAGGAGGUAUUAGAGAUAUGUUUUUGUAUAGUUUUGUUAAGGUCCUUAAGGAGGAAAUGGGAGAAAUAGGGAAGUAAUAAUGUUAUAAUAUCAGGCUCUUACCGAAAUGGUAGAGAAGAAAAAAUGUUUUGAAAAAAUGUUUACGGUAACGAGUGAUGGUGCCGUAACUACUAUAUAUGAAUUCCUAUUUUAAUUGUGUUUGGCCCUGUAACUAAAGCCUAAUGACUUGAAAACGUUUUUCUUCUUCUGUUUUAAUAUACGAAAGCCUAAGUUACAAAAAAAAAAACGAGUGUGGUGCCUUUUGUCUCCAACUCUCCAUCUUCUUAUAAGUUUUUUUUUUGGUAAAGUGGUGUCAUAUGAAUUAUGGGUCUACCAAGUAUUGUUAUCUCAGCUAAAAAGUUACUAUAAAUAGUUUAGAGAUUAUAAGACUUGGUGAUAUUUAUGAUAAAACUAAUAUUACAUAUUAUAUUGUGAUUUUCGUGCUUCUCCGGUCGAAGAUCCUAGAUAUCCAAGAAAAAAAUGAAUUAAGGAUCUGUUGUUGGUGACUUUUUGUUUCUUCCUCAUUGUCUUUCUUGUUCAAUUGCCUCCACGAAAAGACUGAAAGAACCAUAGUAGUUUAAACGUCAUUAGAAGUAUUAUCCGAAAACAUUAUAGUUCAUACAAUAGAUAGUCACUAACUUAUAACACCAUAUAAGGUAGCUAGACCGAUAUGCACGCUACACGCAGAGUUCUUUGCUAAAAGUUUGUGUCACUAUUAUUUUUAGAAAGAAAAAGAUAACCGUAGAAAAAAGGGAAAAUUGGGAAAAUAGAACAAGUAAAUUAAGGUAUUGUCCCUUUAGAACAAAAUAAACUUUUGUCACUUUUGGACAUUCACUACCCUUUUUGUAUAUAAAAAUUCAUAUUAAUUUUUUUAGAAGGCAAAAAAUUCUGAAAAAAUUGUAUAUUAGAUGUAGAUAAACAACUGCAUAUAAGAAAAAUAAAUUUGGAUUCAAAAAAUGUUUGAAUAAUAAUUU